AUGUCUAAAUAAUUUGAAGGAUAAAAUAUUAUAGAAGAUUAUCACAUAGAGGUAGAGUAGGUCUUAAGCAAUGUAAAAUACAAGAUUUAUUAGAUCAGAAUGUCCAUCCCUAUGAUAUUAAAUGCCCGGUUUGUUUAAAUGUAUAUUUGGAUCCAAUAUCAUGUGAUUCAUGCAUGAAUCAUUUUUGCAAGAAAUGCUACCAACAGAAAUAAGUAAGUAUAUAAUGAUGAUGAAAAAGAGCACGAAAUGCCCUUUAUGCAACCAUCAAAGCGAGACAAGAAAAGCAUUUCCACUUCUAAGAUAAUUAUUGAGUUAAUUAAAAAUUAGAUGUCAUCAUUUUUUUUAAGGUAGAGCCUCAAUUAUAAAUUUAGGGUGUUAAGUAAUAGUAGAUUAUGAUGCUUAUGAUAAACAUGUUAAGCAAUGUGAUUAUAGUGAGGAAGUUUGUGGAUUAGUGGAUGGUAAACUACAAUGCAAUGUCAUAAAAUUUAAGAAAGACAUCCAAGAUCAUAGAACCUAUGAAUGUAAUUACAGAUAAUGUGAAUGCUGUCAUUGUCAUUAAUUUGUAAUUCAUAUUCUAAUUCUUAUUUAGUUUAGCAGCUUUAAAUUAUAAAUGCAUGAGCUCAAAUGUGAAGAGGCUUUAACGAGAUGUCCAAAAUGUCACACUUAAAUUAAAAUAAAAGAUCAAUCUAGCCAUCUUUUGAUUUGUGAUUAGAACAUAGAAAAAUGCAUAUAUUGUAGUGGAGAAUAUUCUUGGCAUCAAUUAUUAAUCCAUCAAAAUGAAUGCCCAUAACGAGAAGUUUGCUGUGUGGGUUGCUCUCAGAAGUUUACUCUUAGUGUUUAUUAUUUACAUUAAACGAACUGUCCCAAAUUUCCAUAAAUAUGUCCUAGUUGUAAUCAAAAAGUAACAAGGGAAUAGUUUGAAAAUCAUAAUUUUAAAGAUUGUUUGAUUUACAUCAAAUCUUAGCAUGAUUAAGAAAUUUAAAAUCUAAUUCAAAAACAUAAUUAACUUGAAAUUGAAUUAAGCAAAAAGGAUACAAUUUUAAAGUAAAGACACAUAGGAUUUUAGGUUUUCCAAUCGAUUUAAAGAUCCAGAUAUCUUUCUAAAUUUAGAUAAGUCAAUUGCAUUAGUUAAACAAACAGCAAGUAAAAAGAAGGAUAGAUUUGUUUUAUUUAACAAUCCCAUUACAGAAUAAAGAAAAUAAUGGAAGUUCAAGUAUGAAUAGUCAAAAUAAUAAUAGAUGUUCUCAAGUUAAAAGUUCUUGGUAUGCAGUUGGUAUUACUGAAUUAUCCACUUUGCAUUCUCAAAAAAAAUAUUAGGAUAUAGGACAUGGAUCAUACCUAGUAUCUUCAAAUGGAACUAUGUACAACAAUCAUAAGGAUGACCAGAAUUCAAAGGAGAGUGACUUUAGGAUCAAUACGAACGACAUCAUUACUAUAAUUGUAGAAUUAGAGGCAGACUUAUUGAUUCUUUAAAAUACCACUUAAAAUUUGUAACUUGAAAUAGAGGCAUCCUUUGAAGGUAAAGACUUUUAUGGAUGCGCUUGUUUAAGAACUGCGGGAGAUGAAAUUUAAAUAAUUUAAUGA